UUAMCACACCCUUGAUCAUAGGACUGCACAGCAGGAAGUGAAGCUAUUUCGAGCAACCGAGACAAAGUUUCUGUCACAUUUAUUGCUAGUAAAGUAUAAGGAGCCGAGUUUAAACGAUACCGGCUGCAUAACAGGAACUUCGACGAAGCCAAGCAAGCAGACAAAAUUCCGGUACCUGUCAAUCAUUAACACACCCUUGAUCGCAUAGCUGCACAGCAGGACAGAAAACUUCCACAAAGCAAGCAGACAAAGUUUGCGAAGUUUGGAACUCAUCUAGUAUUAAAGCAAAUAUAUGUAUGAUAUAUUUACCAAAAUAUUGUUGAAGGAUGGAUGAUGAAGAAAGGAAUUAUUGCUGCCUGGUACUACUGCUAAACAGRGUAGGCCUGGUAAAGUUGCGCAAGUUUUUCAUAGAUGAAUGGAAUACCAUGCAUAGUGGUGUCUUUGUUCCAUGGACUGACAGCCAUCAGAAUGGCACUGACCUAUUGACCAUGUACAACCCACAUCCACCUUAUGAAAGACCUAAAGUCCAGUCAGGGGACACUACAAAGUGGGAUAUAUCUCUGUUUGUCAAAGUGCUAUUGAAUUCCAGACCUCCAAUAGUUCAUGUUGUCAACAAAGCUUUAGUUGAUGGCUUGACAUAUUUGAGGGAAACAAGAAAUAAAUAUUUUCAUACUGCAAGUGCAAAGAUUACAUCUGCAGAGUUUACUCCUCUUUUCAAUGAUGUACGUAAUGCGUUAUUGUUAGUGGGUGCUUCAGCACUGGAAGUCAAGAAGGUUGAAGAUGAUGUACAGAAGCUGGAAUUGAAUAAACUGUUAUCUUUGGUCAAGCAGUGCUCAGAUCAAGACAAAGACAUCCUACAAGGAAUUGAUACAAUAAGCAAAAGGCUAGAUGAGAUACARCAAGGAMAAGAAGACAUAAAGCAAGGUCAGUCGCGCCCACAACAAGGACAAGAAGCCUUGAAGUUGAUUGGAUGACUUACUACCAAUACUUUUGAUUGCUAUCUUGUUCCAAAAUAUUUUUUCUUUUGAGGAUUAGUAAAAUAUUUAGCACUAAUUUACUUACAAAAAAAGGUGGAAAAGCAUUCUGGUUUUGGUGACUGUUGUAACAUYAUUAUAGUGAAAAUGGGCUUUUCACUAUAAUAAUGUUAACAGUUCCAUCAUGCCUCCAAACUGUCCAACUCAUAAUAUAAGUCAUUAUUCAAAAAUUUAUUUUUAAGUAGUGUUUAAAAAAACGAUCAGGAGUGCUUUAUUGGGAGAUAUAGACACG